UUGACCGGGGCCGGCGUGGCUCCCGCUGCGCACGCCUCAGUCGGCGCCCGUCCAAAUCGGCCCAGGCGUCGAACUUUCGUGCGGUUCCAUCGGCUCCACCAGGGUAGCCGGGGCCUUGACCCUGAUCCCGCCACCGUCUCCUUGCUGGGGUGGAGCGCGCCCCCACCUGGAGGCGCCCGCCGGGACCCAGGGGAGGGGCGGUUGCCGACCACUGUCUGGCUGCUCGGCUAGAUCCCACACGCACGGAGGUAAAAACAAGGUGUUAAAUGAGCAUGUUUUGGUACAAUUUAUCAUAAAAAGGAAAAGAAAUGCACACAUUUGCUUGCCUAAGCCUAGAAUAAUCUGGACAGGAGAGUGUACUGGCCGGGAGGUGGUCACUGGGGCCUUUGCCGUUUGCAUAUGGAGCCUUGUGGCUGCCCCUACUCAGCGACAAUAGUUUCAAGAAUUUUUCACUAAAGGGAAAUGAAUAGAUAUGUAAAUGAUUGAGUCUCCCCUUGGGAGAGGGAGUGAAGCUUGUUCCCCCUAAGUUACCCCACGGAGUGAUGCUUUCUUCAGGGCUUCCCUGCUUCAGCUCACACCCGGCCACCCCCUGAGCGCCCACGCCAGGACAGCCUUGAAAUGCUUCAUUAGUUUGUCCUAGGGGGAAAGUGGUCAGUGCCUCAUCUUCAUCCAGCAGCCAAGGCCUCUCAUAGCCUGCUCCCUAGCGUCACUGCCUCUGAGCUCUGUCCAGGCAUCCUCCCUGUCCUGCCCCUACCCUUUUUCACCUUCCCAAGGCCCUCUAACUGAGCCUGGUUUCAGUGCCCCUGGUCUCUGCCCCUUUCCUGCUGCCUCUGCCUAGAGUAUUUGUCCACCUCACUGGUGCAUUUCCUUUGACUCCUCAAAGGAAAUAUAAUAAUAAUGGCCACACUGCCCCCAUAACAGACCUUGACACAACCAAACAAUGAAAAUAUGCAUGCAAGCGGAGAAUCCAGGAUACAGGCUGGCAGGUAGUAUCCAUAAAGCACUCUGCCAACAUUUACUGCAUCAUCUUUUCUGCCUCCUAACUGGCAGAGGGGCCAGGUGGCUGUCGGUUGUGCAAUGCCCGGCCAUGCCCAGCCUCAGGGCUCGCCCCGAGGAAGUAGAGAUGGAGCUCUCAGUGUCUGGACCAUCCCCUUGGACACCCACGGCCCAUGUCUGUGUGACCCGCCCUGGACCUGCAUUCUGUGGACCUGUCUGCCAUGAUGAUGCCAAGCGAGGAAACAGCCCCCCUCACCAUCAACAGCCAGUUUCAGACUGGGACACCACAAGUGAGGGCAAGGAGUUUCUACAGGAGGAAAUUUCUGAAGAUUUGGAAUCGCUGGCAGGAAUACCAGAAAACUGUGCUGGUGAUGUGACCCAGGCCCCUGAGCUUGGCGUGUUCUCUGAUGACAUAGUAGAAAGAGACUGGGGAGUCCCUGAUGGUGAGAGACUGGUGCAAUCUGCCUACCAGCAGGUGAGCUGGAGCCCCUUAGGGGAGAGAGAGCUGAACUGCAAUGGUUUUGAGGAAAGCUUCAGUCCAAGUUCAAACCCCACAGCAUAUGAGGAAGACAGGCCACAUACAUACGACAUGUGUACCCAAAGCGCCAAACACAGUAUAGACCUAACGAGCCACGAGGGGCUUCAUACCACUGAAAGCCCAUUCAUAUGUAAUGAAUGUGGAAAAACCUUCAGAGGAAACCCUGAUCUUGUUCAGCAUCAGAUCAUUCACGCUGAACAGAAGUCCUUCAUAUGUAAUGACUGUGGAAAAGCCUUCAGCCAGAACUCAAUUUUUAAAAAUCAUCAGCGAUCUCAUGUGAGUGAAAAACACUACCAGUGCAGCGAAUGUGGGAAAGCCUUCAGUGUACGCUCAAGCCUCAUUAAGCAUCAGGUUAACCACAGUGGAGAGAAACUUCAUGUAUGUAAUGACUGUGGAAAAGCCUUCAGCCAGAACUCAAGCCUUAAGAAGCACCAAAAGUCCCACGUGAGUGAGAAGCCCUACGAAUGCAGUGAAUGUGGGAAAGCUUUCAGGCGGAGCUCAAACCUCAUACAACAUCAAAGGAUUCAUUCUGGGGAGAAGCCAUAUGUGUGUGAUGAAUGUGGGAAGGCCUUUAGACGGAGCUCAAACCUUAUUAAGCACCACAGGAUUCACACAGGUGAGAAGCCUUUUGAGUGUAAUCAGUGUGGGAAAGCAUUCAGCCAGAGCUCACACCUGACCAAGCAUCAGAGGGUCCACACUGGAGAGAGACCCUACGCAUGCACUGAGUGUGGCAAGCCAUUCAGCCGGGUCUCCAACCUCAUUAAACAUCACAGGGUUCACACUGGAGAGAAACCCUAUAAGUGCAGUGACUGUGGGAAAGCCUUCAGUCAGAGUUCAAGCCUCAUUCAGCAUCGGAGAAUUCACACUGGAGAGAAGCCUCAUGUGUGUAAUGUGUGUGGAAAAGCCUUCAGUUACAGCUCAGUGUUGAGAAAGCACCAGAUAAUUCACACAGGAGAGAAGCCCUAUGAAUGUAGUGUCUGUGGGAAGGCCUUCAGCCACAGCUCAGCCCUCAUUCAGCAUCAGGGCGUGCACACAGGUGACAAGCCCUAUGAGUGUCGAGAAUGUGGGAAAACCUUCGGUCGCAGCUCCAACCUUAUACUUCACCAGCGAGUUCACACUGGAGAGAAGCCCUAUGAGUGCACCGAAUGUGGAAAAACCUUCAGCCAGAGUUCAACUCUCAUUCAACAUCAGAGAAUCCAUAAUGGGUUGAAACCCCAUGAAUGUAACCAGUGUGGUAAAGCCUUCAACCGAAGCUCAAACCUCAUUCACCACCAGAAAGUGCACACUGGAGAAAAACCCUACACAUGUGUUGAGUGUGGGAAAGGCUUUAGCCAGAGCUCACAUCUUAUUCAACAUCAAAUAAUCCAUACUGGUGAGAGGCCCUACAAGUGUGGUGAGUGUGGGAAAUCCUUCAGCCAGCGCUCAGUCCUUAUCCAACAUCAGAGGAUUCACACUGGAGUAAAACCCUACUGCUGCACUGUUUGUGGGAAAGCCUUCAGCCAGCGAUCAAAGCUGAUCAAGCACCAGGUGACUCACGCCAGGGAGUGAAAUCCAGUGUGCUGCACCUCCAGUUCCACUGGCCACAAAGUGGACCCUCCCUUAAGACCUCUUUUACAGGCUCCCUCUCCCUAAUACUGCUCCCACCUCUUAUGACUGACUGUUCUUUGUUGUUUUGAUUUUAGGUUUUGUUCUCAGACUGCUGUUUCUGCUAGGAAAGUUGUAGAGUCUGCAUAUUCAUGAAUAGGAUUUUUUACUGUAAUUAAAGGAAACAGACAUUUGGUUGGAGAUUAACCACAAUAAUUCUUUAGUCCUAAGCAGUGAGUUCUUUGUCACUGACUGUAGUUGAUCUGUUUACAUAAAAUAAAGAUGAGUUUUUCAGGCUGAUCGCUGUCACCCUCCCCCAGAUGUGGUGUGUACUUAUCACCACUAAUUCCUCACCUUUCUUGUCCCUCCCAUUCAGUAACUGGACACAAGUUACCUCCCCUUUGUCUGUAUUCUGAGGUCACUGUUUCUGCUCCUCCCAUCCCCAUGACUCAGCUGUGACUGCACAGUGACCCUACCCAGUCCUAUGCUUCCCCACCAGCACUCAGGUUAGUGUUUUUCCCAGUCCACUUAUCAGCAGAAUUCAUGGAGCCCCUGUGAAAACCAUCUAGCGGGGGAGGACUGGCCCCUCCUCAUUUUCUUGGAGCUGUGCCUCCCUCUGCUUCCAGAACAGGGAGUGCUUAGUCCAAAGCCAGAACAGCUGCCCCUGGAUAAACCUGAGGCUGUUUCAGGAUGAAAGGAGGAAGGGGGCAUAGGUAGGGGAAGAAGGAAUACACACAUAGCUCCACCACUGAACACAUUUCCUAGGGACACAACUACAGCCUGAGACGGGGCUGCGUCACUCUUUGAAGUCAUCUCUGCUGUAUGCAGGAGGCUGAGUCCUGAUCAAACCACAAUAAGGGAGCCUGGCAGGGGAUGACUCAGAAAUCUCCCUCUGAGACCUCUCAAGGGUAAAUGAGCAGUCAGCCUAUUUUCUAUAUUCAUUGAUAGCAUUUAAGCUUCAUCCCUAUACACAUCUGGAUUCACUCAUAAGAAAGCUCCCCUCUAUGGUACCAGAGGAAGAUUCGAAACACUUUGUGUUUUGCCAAAUUCCUGCUCAACCCAGCCCCAACCACAAUAAACGCCCAAGCCAGUCUCUUCUUUGCCAGUCCAGAGAGAAGGGAGCCCUGACCUCAGUAACAAAUGUCUUCAAACCUACAUGGUGUGUGUGAUAUCAUCAGACUUGAUACCCAAACCAAUUUAUGGGUGGGGACCCAUCUGUCUGCAGGUGACUGUACAAUUGGAAUUGAUGCUGUGGGCAGGAUGUGUAGAUGGUGAUGCCAUCCAGAGUCUGUGCUCUUGCUCUGGCUUACUAACCAGCCCAGCAGCCUGCAGGCCAACAUACACUCGAGUACGCUGCAUGUCACACUGUUGAGUCCAUCACAACCUCUAUUAGAUAUUUAAUGGACCAAAAUUGGCAGUUUUGAUAAUUGGUGUGAGAAUACGGGGUUAGGGUCUCCUUAAAAUGGUCUUGGGUUUUUGUGUUUUUUUCUUUAAAGAUUAUUUAUGCAUACAAAAGCUGGGGUACAGGCCAGAGAUGAAGGGGGUGAAAAGACUCACCAGAGACAGAAUGGGCAAAAGAACAGACAGACUGCCUGAAAUACACUGCUAAGGGGAGCAGCUGGCAAGAUAGGAGAGGUCUGCCUUGUCAUGUGGGUUGCUCCCUGGCCAGCCGGGGAUCGAACUCGUGGUGCAGAAGCUGCACAUUGCUUCGUAGUGUGGUGCUUAACUCCUUGCACCACCAGGGAGGCCUGGUCUUGGGUUUUGUGUCUGAUCCCAGACCUAUCUGUGUAUUUGAGAACAAAGCUAUGAGACUGUCCUGGGUGCAGUAUGUAACCAAUGGGUUAUCACUCAUGAAAGAGCAAGUGGGGGAGGGCGUCAGAGGCAAGCUGAGGUCCAAACCCAGGAAAGUAAAUGCCCACAAAAACCCUUAAGUUGGGUUCCCAGAAGCAAGUGAAUGACAGUGCAGACAAAAAGACUUUGGAUAACAUCAGGGGUUUUGAGAAUUCACCUCAAUUCUAACACUAUCUACCUG